UAUACACUUGAGGCUUGGCCCCUUAGCAUCAUCAUCAUCUUGUCUGACACCAUCUUCAAACUUCUUCAUUUUCCUUCAAGAGAAUUCCAAUGGCGAUUUGGUUUUCGAGAUCAAGAAGCUUAAACCAGCUUUUACUGAGUUCAAGAAUUGCUCUCUUGUCUCUUCUUGACAAGAGAUGGCACGGCACCAAUUGAUCAGGGCAUCAUCACUUGCCACUAUAGCUGGUUGUAGGGGCGGUUGCGGUGGUGUUAAGAAGCUGCCGGUGACUAUUUACGGCGAGUCUGCCGCCGCCAUUUUCAUAUCGAGACGUUUUGAAUCCAUGAAAGCUGGAGAGAAACUGAAUCUCUACAACUGCAGGGAGGAUUAUAAUGAUGGCCUUAAUGACAAAGAUCAGGCGAUUAACCAAAUCUUUAGAGGACACUUGUGUCGAUUACACACGCCCUCACCUCGCUCAAGCUCGAGACGAGCAACAAUGGAGUUAGAACAUAGGCAAGUUGGUCUGCAGUUCCUACAUGAUGCAGUGAAAUCAACCCCUCUUAUAGCUUACUUCUCACAAAGUGACAAUCCACCUCUAUAUGUUUGGUUCUUUCAUGGAACAUUGGGUUCCUUGCUAUGUGCAUGGCAGACUGGCUAUCACAGAACACUGCAAUGGGCUUGGGGAAAGGAACUGUAA